AUGGUUAUGGCUAUGGUCGGCGGCAACGAUGGUGUUAGCUUUGGUAAUGACCGCGGCGGCUGGAUAUCGGGCAGGCUGACAAUUGGAAUGAGUGUAGCUGCGGUGGUGCCGAAACCCUUCUCCACGUCGACGAACCAUUUGGGGAAUUCCGGGUCCCUCGCCUGCCAUCUCAAGACCCGGUCCGUCAUCCGAUUCAAGGGACCCGACACAGUCAACUUCUUGCGAGGUCUCGUAACCAACGAUUUACGCCGACUUGGCGGCUGCCCUGAAAGCAGCUUCAGUUCCGCCACGGCGCCUCCGCUGUACACCGCUGUAUUGAACCCGGAAGGCAGGUUUUUGUUCGACAUGUUUCUUUACAGGCGGCUCCGACCCGAUGCGAAGAAGGUCGAGGCUACGGGAUCGGCUCCGGGGGAGUUGGAGCUACUUGCUGACGUGGAUAGUUCUUUUCUCGAUGAACUCGGUCCAAGGUUGAGAUUGAAAGAGUUACAGAGGAUUUCUGCUGCUGGCAAAGAUUUGGGGUUGAACAGUCACAAGUCCUCCACGGACUCUACUGAAGCGGAUUCAAAAGGGAUGGAUGGGAAUGGCAUCUUGAUCCCAGAUGUGAUGUCCUUGGAUAUAGGGCUAUUUUUCCUUCUCAUUCAACCCGCAACCCCUCUAGUUGAAGUAGACAAACAAGAUGAUGAAAGACAUUUUAUUCUAUGGAGAUUGGACAAGGGAAUUCCAGAAGGCUCCUCAGAGAAUUCCAAAAGGUCCGUGACGAGUAAGGCGUUACCCCUGCAAUGCAACUUAGCUGGUUUAAAUGCAAUAAGCUUUGAUAAAGGAUGCUACGUGGGAAGAGAAAUGGUGGAUACGCGUGAUGUUGGAGUCGUUCCAAAACGAAUGCUUCCACUGAAGUUUUUGAAUGCCAAUGGGAAUGAGGUAGAAGAUAAAGUAGCUCCAAAGACAGAUGUGAUUGAUGAAACAUCUGGCAAAAAAGUCGGAACUAUCACUGCGGAACUGGCUUGUCGUGGUCUUGGACUUCUACAGUGCCUGGGCCAAACUGGUGACUUCCCGAUGAUGAACGGUGUGUCGCUUUGGACAUUCAAGUUUGAUGAAGAACUGACUUAA